GAUAGCCUUUAUAUACCACAUAUUUUUGCCCCAUCUAGAUACUUGGUUAGCAAAACGGUUCUUGUUGGAACACAUUUUGACAGAUGUCACUUGAGUGUUUUACAGUCGGUUGUCAAAAAUUACGUAAAUAGCAGCUUAAAGAUGUCACUCCUUAAGGUUAACUACUACGACCAUCCCGAAGGACAAGAUGCAGUCGGAAAGAUUAUUGCUUUGAAUAGAUAUGCAGUCAGCAUAGGACUUGCCUAUUCCACAAUUGAUGUUCUUAUGGUAUCGAAGCCUCAAGGAUAUCUCGCCACACUCGGCAGAUACGCCUACAACACUGGACCCUUAGUUGGCAUGGCUUCUGCAUUUACAUUAGGCUGUUAUGCUGCCAAUAACUUGCGUGGAGUCGACGACAAGUGGAACUACACAAUCGGCGGUCUUAUGGCUGGAGCUGUAUACGGAUCAUGGAAGCGAACAGUUCCUGGAGGAAUAUUUAUGGGAGUUGUUUUCUCUUUAGCUGGAUUCUUAAAAAAACUUUCAAUUGAAGAAGGUUGGGAAUUCUUCCCAGAGCGACAAACUCACGAGUUGGGAUCCCUUCACGGAGUCAACCACGAUUACACUCUUAUGGCUGAGAGGCCAAAGAACUGGACAACUGGCAAGGAUUAAAUUUGCAGCAUUGCUUUGUUAUGUAUCUACAGUUAAUUAAUAUAAAUUAAAAAAUACCAAAUUACAACCGAACUAAAUGUUGCUCAAUGGUUAUAGUAAUUGAA